AAUCGUUUGAUCAGCGGAGACGCCGGGUUGAGCUUUUCAUUUCAAAGCCCGCACUUUCCCGAUACUUACAACCUCGGAGAAACACAUCACCAACACCUACCAUGUUGUGCUCCUCGUUCCGCUCAGCAACCGCCUCCCUGGGUCUGGGACGGCGAGCAGUUUCUACAAUUGCUCAAAAGUACUCCAAAGCUGUUUAUUCGGCUGCUCUUUCGAAAUCACCGCAAACGCUCACCAAGGUCCAGUCGGAAUUGAACGCCAUCUCUAAUGUCAUCAAGGAGGUGCCCGACCUCAAAGCGUUCGUCAGCAACCCAACGCUAUCUGCCAAGGAUCGCUCUGCGGGCCUCGCUGUCAUAUAUUCUCGUGCAGAAGGCUCCAAGAAGGAGCCUAAUGGUAGACUCGGAGAGACGCAAGGUGUUAUCGAGGGGUUCAAUGAGCUGGUUGCAAAGUACAAGGGAGAACUGGAAGUUGUUGUCACGUCUGCUACUCCUCUACCCAGGGAUUUGUCCUCCCGGUUGGAGACUAUCCUCAAGCAGUCUCAGACAGCUCAGCAGGCAAAGUCGCUGAAAAUCUCCAACAAGGUGAACCCGUCAGUCCUCGGCGGUAUUGUAGUGGACUUCGGCGACAAGAGCAUUGACCUCAGUGUCUCGUCGCGUGUCAACAAGCUCAACAAUGUUCUGCAGCAAUCCGUAUAGACACGCAUCUCAUAGAGGAGAUUGCCGGUGGCCGGGAUUCCCCAACCUCACAAAGAAAAGGAAAGCUUAGUCGAGUAUUUCUGUUCUUACCCAGCCAAUACAAUCGCACUUUAGAAAACAUG